UCCAUGGGUGAUCCUGUUCCCAUUUUUCACAAGUCCUUUCAGUCAGGGGAUCUUAUCAUUGCUGGCAUUAUUUCUCAGUUUUACAUCUUUUCUGAGCACAUAACAUUUAGAAGACACCCCUCUCAGGAGCUCUUCAAUGAGAUUGACUAUUUCAGUCCAAGCAGGAUCUAUCAAGCAGUAAUAGAUGUUCUAUCUACAAGGAACAGGAUCACCCCUAACUACAAGUGUGAUGGAAAGAGAAAACUGGCAGCAGUCAUAGGAGGCCCAACUUCUGACAUAGAUCUCCACAUGGCCAAUGUUUUGAACAUCUACAAGAUUUCACAGCUGACAUAUGGAACUGCUUCAGUGGUGACUGAGAAAAGGCUCUCUCCUUUCUCUCACUGGAUGUUCCCAAAUGUGGCCCAUCAGUAUAAGGGAAUUCUUCGUUUACUUCUGUAUUUUAGUUGGAUGUGGAUUGGGUUAUUUUAUCUGGCUGUUGAAAGUGUAGAACAAUACAUACAGAACGUCAUUCUUUCUUUUACCCAAAGUGGUGUCUGCUUUGAUUUCAUACAGAUAUUACAAGCAAUAAGUUUUUCUGAUGGGUUCAAUGAAUUUGUAGAAAAGGGACUAGAAAUGUACAAAAGUGCUAUGGUAAGCUCUGCUACAGUAUUGGUUAUACAUGGUGAAAUUCAGACAAUUAUAAGCUUGAGGACAGCGCACCAGUUUGCAGAAUGUGAGGAUCAACCAAUUAAAACCAAAGGCAAAGUCUGGAUUAUGACAGCUCAGAUGGAUUUCACAUCACUUCCCUUCCAAAGAAACUGGGACAUAGACAUCAUCAUUCAUGGGGCUUUAUCCGUUGCUGUUCACUCAGAGGAGGUGUUUGGAUUCUAUAGAUUUCUUCAGAUGAGGAAUCCUACUUUGGCAAUAGAAGAUGGUUUUAUUAAACCCUUUUGGCAAAAGGCAUUCCAGUGUUCAUUCCCCAGUUCCAGAUCUGUAAGCAAAAAUGGGGAAAUUUGCACUGGAGAGGAGAAGUUGGAGACUCUGCCUGCAUCUGUCUUUGAAAUGAGGAUGACUGGGCACAGCUACAGUAUCUACAAUGCUGUCUCUUCUGUGGCACAGGCCUUGCAUGACAUGCACACAUCCCAAUUGAGACACAAAUGGAUGUCUUUUGGAAGACCAAGUCAGGUCCUGAACCAACACUUGUGGCAGCUUAAUAAAUUUCUGAGAGAUGUCUCCUUCAACAACAGUGCUUGGGAGCACAUUGCCUUUGAUCAAAAUGAGGAAAUAAUGGGUGGAUUUGAUGUUCUGAACUGGGUGACAUUCUCCAAUCAGUCCUUCAUUAGAGUGAAAGUUGGAAAGAUAGACGCAAACAUUCACUCAGAGAACCUGCUCACCAUUCAUGAGGAUGUAAUUGUAUGGCCCCGCCAGUUCAACCAGACAAGACCACGUUCUCAGUGUAAUGAAAACUGUCAGGCCGGUUAUAGUAGGAGAAUGAAGGAAGGGAAGCCAUUUUGCUGUUAUGAUUGCCUUCCAUGUCCAAAAAGGAAGAUUUCAAAUAAGAAGGAUGUGGAUGACUGUUUUCCAUGUGCAGAAGAUCAUUAUCCAAACAAUGAGAAGAAUCAAUGCCUUCCAAAAGAUAUAAGCUACUUAUCUUAUGGAGAACCUUUGGGGAUCAGUUUAGCCACUUUUGCCCUUGCCUUCUCGUUCAUCACAGCUGUGGUGCUCAGGGUCUUCAUUAAGCAUCAGGAUACUCCCAUAGUCAGAGCCAACAACCGGAAUCUGACCUACUCUCUCCUCAUCUCUCUCCUGCUCUCCUUCCUUUGUACUUUGCUAUUCAUUGAUCACCCUGGGAAGGUGACCUGUCUCCUUCGACAAAUAACUUUUGGUAUCAUCUUCUCAGUGGCUGUUUCUUGUGUGUUGGCCAAAACUAUCAUUGUGGUUCUGGCUUUCAUGACCACCAAGCCAGGGUCCAGAAUGAGAAAAUGGAUGGGGAAUCAGCUGGCUAUCUUCAUUGUUCUGUUCAGCUCUCUUAUACAAGCCACGAUAUGCACUGUCUGGCUGGCAACAUGUCCACCAUUCCCAGAUCUUGAUAUGCACUCAAUGACUGAAACAAUUGUAUUGGAAUGCAAUGAGGGGUCAGUCACCAUGUUUUACUGUGUUUUGGGGUUUCUGGGCUUCCUGGCCUUUGGAAGCUUUGUUGUGGCUUUCCUAGCUCGGAAGUUACCUGACAGUUUUAAUGAGGCCAAAUUCAUAACUUUCAGCAUGUUUGUCUUUUGCAGUGUUUGGUUGUCCUUUGUCCCAACCUAUUUGAGCACCAAGGGAAAGUACAUGGUGACGGUGGAGAUCUUCUCUAUUUUGGCCUCCAGUGCUGGGUUACUAGGCUGCAUCUUUUUUCCUAAAUGCUAUAUAAUUUUGCUGAGGCCAGAUUUAAAUAGCAGGGAAAAGAUUAUACGCAAUAAGCAUUGCAAAUAA